AUGGGAGCUUUGCCGACACUACGUCCCCGUCAUCAAAGUAAUCACAGGCUCGCAGCGACUUCACGAGACGUCGCUAAUAAUUUUUUAAACAACCCGAAAAAUAAACAAAAACCCUUACUAUUAAUUGCUAAGUUUAUUAUAUUAUGCAGUUUUUUUUCCUCGCAGGGUCGAAAACCGAGGGUUGGGGUGAGGAGGGCUGCGACACGUGCGUCCGCACUCCGCAGCUCGACGCAUGCGAGACUGCGGGGCGCCGGCAGCGCAGGCGCGCCCCUCGACCGGUUCAGUCUGCCGCUGGCCACCACGCAGCCAGCACGCCACCACCACGCGAGUGAUCCAUGCGAGUGA